AGGUCUCCUUAACCAAAGCAGAGAAAGAUCUGAGCUUCAUGAUCCAGACUUGUUUUGUUUCUACUUCCUCCAAUUCUGAUAUGCUAAGUGAAUAUACAAUCAUAGAGAACAUCUGUCCUAAAGAUGAUUCUGUCAAAUUCUACAAUGUAAAGAAACUAAACUACCCAAAGUCCCAAGAGCAAACAGAAAAGAAACGGUUCAGCUUCAUGUUUAAGUCUAUGUUUAACACUUCUCUGCUCUUCCUGCAUUGUGAAUUGACCUUAUGCACAAAUAAAGAUGGAGAGAUGGAUAACCUACCCAAGUGCAUUCCUCCUGAUGAAGCCUGUACAUCGCUUGACAGCAGCAUGAUACUAGUAAUGAUGAAUAAUAAGAAGUCAUUCACAAAGCCGUUAGCAGUCAUCACAAUGGAGAAAACUUCAGAUACUCCAAGCAAUCCAAACCGUCCAAGUUUACCUCAACCGGUUUUCUAUGGGCUGGACACCCCAACGGUUGUCGGAAUAGCCUUUGCAGCAUUUAUAAUUGGUGCCUUAUUAACAGGAGCCUUGUGGUACAUCUAUUCUCACACAGGU